CAUCCUGGCGCGGACGGCGGUGAGUAGUAGUGAGCGUUCGACAUUUGUGUUCGUCAAUAAUGUCGGUCGUCGGUCCUCAGCCGGCCGGCCUCCAAAUGUUGGGAGGGGCAGAGCACGUGACCCAGCCUUCCUCCGUGCCUGCCUCGCGUUCUCCAUUUCUGCAGCCUGAUGUCCAUCCAGCGCCCUUUCAGACUCAAACCUCAACACCAGCCGCCUACCCUGCGAUUCACCCCAGAAACACUCCACUUUUCGGCGUCGAAGCACCACCAAGUACCGACGGACGAUGCCGGCUUGAGCUUAGCCGCAGGUCGUCCAACGCACGGAGAUGGCGCAGUGACGUCAGGCCGCACUGGCCAGCUGGCCCGACACGCUCGAGCGAACACAACGCGAAACUUGCGGUCAGCAGGAUCCUCACCAUGGAGCGGGUAAUGGGCCCAUUGAGCAAUAAAAUGCCUCCGCGUUCCCGCUGGCGAGGACCCUGGAGCGCCUGAAGAGCGGCCUACUUGAACACGGGUAUCCCGCCAUCCCUUCGUGCUCCCGUCUUUCGUCUCCCGUCUCCCCACCCCAUCCUUCGUCUCACCCGACGCCGGCCUCGACUCACCUCACUUCUGCCGUGGGACGCUGCUCCGCGCCAACCUCAGCUCUCGCCGCCUCGUGCUCUCGUGUUCGCAGCUGCAACGGUGGGCAGAGGCUCACCUCGUCUGCUACCAUGUAAGU